AUGUUUGGUUCUAAAAAAGCUUUACUAUUAUUAGCCAAUGGCAGUGAAGAAAGUGAAGUUGUCAUUACGGUUGAUGUUCUUCGUCGUGCUGGCAUCAAAGUAACUAUUACAUCCAUUGAAGCGAAUCGUGAAGCAUUGAAAUGUGCUCAACAUACUGUCAUCGUUCCAGAUAUAUCUAUUAAUGAAUUGUCAACGGAUGAUACAUAUGAUGUAGUUGUUGUUCCCGGUGGUGAGAAGGGCUCAGAAGCCAUGGCAAAAAAUCUAGCUGUUGGAAAUCUUCUUCAGCAACAUUACGAAAAGGGAAAGCUUGUUGCUGCCAUCUGUGCUGGUCCAAUAGUAUUUCAAUCACAUAAAAUCGGUCUAAAAAAUGCUACGAUUACUGCUUAUCCUGAAUGUCAAAACGAUCUGAAAACAGACUAUAAUAUUGUUGAUCAACCGGUGCAUCAUUGUGAAUUGAAAACAGCCGAUGGUGAACGGCAUAUGAUAACUAGUCAAGGACCCGGAACAGCAUUCGCAUUUGCGUUGAAAAUUGUCGAAAUUCUCGAUGGAUCAUCGAAAGUGAAGAAAAUUCGUGAAGAAAUGCUUCUCUGA